AGUCUCCGGCUCCCCCCCCUCUCCACGUCCUCUCCCCCGUCCCGAGCAGCGACAUAUCGUCUCCCUGUGAGCAGCUCAUGGUUCGGACUCGCUCGGUGGCGGUGAACACGGCAGACGCGGCGCAGGCCACGGAGCCGGACUGCCUGGGACCCUGUGAGCCAGGCACCAGCGUCAACCUGGAGGGCAUCGUGUGGCAGGAGACGGAGGACGGCAUGCUGGUGGUUAACGUCACCUGGAGGAACAAGACGUACGUUGGAACGCUGCUGGACUGCACGAGACAUGACUGGGCCCCUCCAAGGUUCUGCGAGUCUCCGACCAGCGACGUGGAGAUGCGGAGCGGCCGCGGUCGGGGGAAGCGGAUGCGUCCCAGCAGCAACACGCCGCUGAACGACAACAGCAACUCCUCCGACAACAGAGGCAGCGGCAGCAGCAAGACGCGCGGCGCCGCCGCCAACAGCAAAGGCCGGAGAGGCAGCCAGACGGCCGGCGGCCCCGAGGACGCCAAGGCCAGCCCGUCCUCCGCCAAGAGGAAGACCAAACCGGCCUCGGACAUGGAGCCCACCUCCAGCUCGGAGGACACCAAGGCGUCCAAGCGCAUGAGGACCAACUCAACCGGCGCCGCGCUCCCCCUCGCCGGAGGGAAGGCCGAAGCCCCGCCCCCAUCACAACUGGACCGCACCUGCCCGUCCCCCGUGCUCAUCGACUGCCCGCACCCCAACUGCAACAAGAAGUACAAGCACAUCAACGGGCUCAAGUACCACCAGGCUCGCGCCCACAACGAGCACGACGUCCGAUUGGACCAGGACGGAGACAGCGAAUACGGGGACGACCCCGCCCUCCACCCGGACCUCGCCUCAUGUAACGGCGCCGCCAUCUCUCCCGCGCGCUCCACCACGCCCAAAGGACGUAGCUUCGACGCCCCGUCGCCGUCGCCGGGGAGGCUGGCGUCGAAGGGGAAGAAGAAGGCGGGCGAGGGCGAGCCGGACGCGCCGGACGGCGGCGAGGAGGCGGCGUGUCUGACGGACGACGCCAGCAAUGACGGUACGGAGGACAGGAAGGCGAAGAAAAUGACGCCCGGCUGCAAAACCGAUAAACUGACACAGAAAGGCGUGAAGCCGCCGGGCCGCCCCGCUGCGCCCAACGCCCCCUCGCCCUACGCCCUGCAGGCGUCCUCCCCCGCUCUGGGCUCGGUGGUUCAACCCGUCCCCAAGAGCCCCCAGCUGAAAACCCCCCCGCCCAAAGCUCCCCCGCUCGCGGACCCCGCCACCAGCCCCAAGGACAAGAAGAAGAAGGACAAGAAGAAGCGGGAGGGAGGGAAGGAGGGCGACAGUCCGAAGGGGAAGGGCGCCAGGCCGGAGGAGGGGAAGAGCCCGUACUCGGAGUCCCUGGACGCGUUGCUCAACGGCUCCUCGGACACACAGCAGAGCCGCCUGGCGAGCAUCAAGGCCGAGGCCGACAAGGUGUACAGCUUCUCGGACAACGCGCCCAGCCCCUCCAUCGGCGUGGCGAGCCGGUUGGAGGCCGGCCUCGGGCCGCACCUCAACCAGAACGGAGCCGACACCGCGUCCGUCAAAACCGGCAGUCCCGCCUACUCCGACAUCUCCGACGCCGGGGAGGACGGCGAGGGAAAGGUGGAGGGGGUGAGGGUGAAAACGGAGCCGGACCAGGGGCCUCGUGAAGGCGCCAAGAAGGCGCUGUUCCCCCCCCAGGCGCCCAGUAAAGAGUACUACCCCAACUACGACUCCUACUACUCCCCAAACUACCCCAACCCGAGCCCGGGCGCCGCGCCCACGGCACCGCCCCUCGUGGAGGGCGCUCAGGUGAAGGUGAAGAAGGAGGAGGAGCCGGAGGUGGGCGAGGACCUCAAGGUGAAGGUUGAGCCCCCGGAGGAGAGGAAGGUGGAGCCGGGGCCUCAGCAGCCGUCCGUGAUCCAGCAGCGCUCCAACAUGUACGCCCAGCCGCUGUACUACAACCAGUACUACGUCCCGUCGUACUCGUACUCCCCCGACCAGGCCUACCACGCCCACCUGCUGGCCUCCAACCCCGCCUACCGCCAGCAGUACGAGGACCGCCAGCGCCUCGCCGACAAGAAGGCCGAGGCCAAGGAGCGGGAGGCGUCUGGGAAGGACGAGUGGAAGCAUAAAGUCUCGGUGCCCCCCACCCUCUCCAGGGCGCCCAGCCUCACUGACCUGGUCGCUAAGGGGGGGCUGAACCAACAGGCCAAGCCCAAAGAGACGCCGCCGGCCGCGGAGCAAGCAAAGUCGGUCAUCAUGGCGAAGGGAGAGGACCAGAAGGCCGCCACCGCUGCCCAGGCCGAGGGCCUGAAGAUGAAGCUGAGUGAAGCAGGGCAUCAUGGGAAAGAGGAGGCUAAGCCAGGGGGGGAGCCAGGCAGACCGGCGGGCGUAGAGCCCACCAUGUGGUACAGACAGGAGCCGGACUCGCGCUUGUGGCCCUACGUCUACCCCAACAAGUACUCUGAAGCCCCGAAACCGCAGGAGGAGGACCGGUGGAAGGAGGAGCGGGAGAGGGAGCGCGACAGGAAGGGGAAGGAGGAGCGGUCGCGGCCGAAGGACGGCGGCCAGAAGGAGGAGGUGAAGGAGGGGGCGGAGGGCAGGAAUCAGCUUCCACCAGAGGAGCACCGGGGGGGAGGCAAGGAGCUGCGUCCCCCCCCCCACAUGCAGUUCUCCUCCCCUCUGGCGCAGCACCAGGGCUACAUGCCCUUCAUGCACGGGCCCUACGCCUACGGCCACGCCUACGAGCCGAGCCACCCCGGCUACAGGGGCAUGCCCUCCGUCAUGAUGCAGAACUACCCCGGCUCGUACCUGCCGGCCAGCUACACCUUCCCCUCGUACGCGGGGAAGGUGUCGGCGGGGGGGGACGAGGGGGAGAAGGCCUCCAGGUCCAGUCCCACGGUGAAGCAGCCCGGCGAGGCCAAAGCUCUGGAGCUGCUGCAGCAGCACGCCAGCCAGUACAAGAGCAAGUCCCCAUCGGUCCAGGACAACAAGACGCCCCACGACAGGGACAGGGAGCGGGGGGGAGACCGGGGGGGGGAGGGCGACCGGCCGCGGUCCUCGCCGUCCCAACGCAUGCUGCCUUCACAUCAUCACCUGGGGUACCCGCUGCUGUCGGGACAGUACGACCUGGCCUACGCCUCCGGUGAGACUCGCACACCGCAACACUGACACCUUUACGCAGCA